GAAUGUAGGUGCUGUUAAUGGUUGGUGGGUUUGAUAUGGGCAGAUAGAUGUGUGGAUGGAGCUAUCAGAGAGGAAGUGAAUUUGAGGCCUUACUUGUGCAUUUUAUGUAUGUAAUCGGAUAAAGCAUGAGUUCUGUACUGCCAUUGAGUGUGCAUACGCAUAAGGGACUGGGAAAGUUCUACUCUAUGGGAAAGUUAUGCUGUACCCCACAACAUAGUGCUACCAGAAAUCUCAAUGGGAAAUAUUAACACUUCUCUUAAUUUACUUGAGGGAUUACUUAUAAGUUCUCACACACAAAAUCCACUCGCACCUGCACUUGAGAAGUGUCAGUUGAUUAAAGAUCUUAUCCAUGCAUUGCAUGAGGUUGUAGGUGCCAUGAAAGUCACACAACCACGAUUUUUGCACUUGAUGGCUUAUUACAACUACAUUAAAGGUAACAUCAAGAAGGCCUAUAGUUUUCUAAAGAAUGCACAUGAUAUUGCCUCAGCACAAGGAAAUAUUCUUGAAGAGAGAUGGAUUCAACACACUAAGAUGGUCUGGGAAAACCCUGUUAUCAUACAGAAACGUUCUCAUAGCAAAAAGCUCUAUAAACUGGAAAAUAAAAACAUCAGCAUUGACAGCAUACAGUUUUACUCAUUUGUAACAUAAUGCUGUGUCAAAUAUGUCAUUCAGAAAUCAACUAAAUGUUUAUAAGACAGGAGAAUAAUGUAUGUAAUCUUUACAACAUAAAUGUUUUUCAUGUUCUAUUAUUAAAUAAAUGCUUACACUUACAAAUAUCCAGUGUGUAUUUUUAUUUAAUUUCUUUCAAUUUCUAUCUGGAAAAAAUAUAAAUAUCACUAGCAAAUCUGGCCGAGGCUUCUAGAGAUAUCCCAUUCAUUUACAUUUAUUUUUGCUGAAGUCCUCAAAAACUUUAUAUAUUCAUUGUGUCAAAAGUCAGUAUUUUACCCUUCUACACAUCAUCUUUCUUUGUAACACAUAUUUAAAGUUUUCAAUGAAUUCUGGUUUACUGGUGUAUAUUUUUGUUCAUCCUUGUACCAUACUUAAAUAAUUUCAGCAUAAAAAUAAUAUGUGAUGCAAAAUUUCAAUUCUACUUUCCUUCACAUGAACAUUGUAACUCAUGAAGUGAGCAUUACACUUGUAAGGAAUUCACUGAGCCUUUCAUAUUCCCUUCCACUCAUUAAAUGGAAUUGUUACAGACAGCUUUUAAUAAAACUAGUUCUUGUAUAAAUACUUAAGAAGAAUUGCAUUAUGAUAAAACUACUCCCACAAUGUUUUAACAUGAUCAGACUGAGAUGAAUUAAGUCAUCUCAGCUAUUUUUAUAUCAAUAUUCCAGUCAUUCGAGUUAGGGGGAAAAAAAAAGUUGAAGGUACUACUGGUGGUGCAGGACAAAAUUUACUCAGUAUUGUUUGCUAAAAAAGAGGCUUAUGCAAUUUCACAUAUAAAUGACUGCAAAAGCCAAAGAAAAUAUGAGAUAUACACACAGUCUGUCUUACUCAAGGACAACAUUAACAUGACUGAGACAUGCCAACAUGAAUUUGUCAAUAAGAAAAACACAGAA